UUUAUUGAAAUUUAUAUAAACUUUAAAAAUGUCAGGCACUGGUGAAGAAAAGCCUCCAAACGAAGGUAAACCCGCUGAGGUUCCAAAAGUAAGUAAAUCUUCUUCCAAAACAACAACUUCUUCGUCUCAAACUCAAUUGUCCGUUGGUGCUAAAAAAGUUAGCUCGUUAUCGCCCUUGAAAACAUCAAAAUCGCUCAGCCCAAUAACACCAAAGAAAGUUCAAUCGAAAUCAUUAUUUGCUGCUAAAAAAACAACUGAGUCUCAAACUCAAUUGUCCAUUGGAGCUAAAAAAGUUGGGUCGUUAUCGCCCUUGAAAACAUCAAAAUCAAUCAGCCCAAUAACACCAAAGAAAGUUCAAUCGAAAUCAUUAUUUGCUGCUGGAAAAACAACUGAGUCUCAAACUAAAUUGUCUCUUGGAGCUAAAAAAGUUGGGUCGUUGUCACCUUUGAAAACACAAUCAAAAUCUUUAUUUCCAAACAAAGCAACAUCUCCGUCUCUACCUAAGUUGUCUAUUGGUGCUAAAAAGGUUGGCUCAUUAUCACCUUUGAAAAGUCAAUCGAAAAACCUCGGUUCACCUAAAAUCAGCCCAAUAUCACCAAAGAAAGUUCAAUCAGCAUCAUUUCCUAGCAAAGCAACAUCUCCAUCUCAACCUAAAUUGUCUAUUGGAGCUAAAAAAGUUGGGUCGUUGUCACCUUUGAAAAAUCAAUCGCAAUCAUUAUUUCCUAAAAAAGCAACAUCUCCGUCUCUACCUAAGUUGUCUAUUGGUGCUAAAAAGGUUGGCUCAUUAUCACCAUUGAAGACUCAAUCGAAAACACUCGGUACACCUAAAGUAGGCUCAGUGUCGCCUUUGAAAACCCAAUCAAAAACACUGGGUACACCUAAGGUUCGCUCAUUGUCACCAAUGAAAAGUCAAUUGAAAACAGUUGGUACACCUAAAGUUGGCUCCUUGUCACCAAUGAAGACUCAAUCAAAAACACUGGGUCCACCUAAAGUCCCCUCAAUGUCACCAAUGAAAACUCAGUCUAAAACACUGGGUACACCUAAGGUUCGCUCAUUGUCACCAAUGAAAGGUCAAUCAAAAUCAGCGUUCGUUCCCAAAAAAACAACUCCGUCUCAACCUAAAUUGUCUUUGGCUCCUAAAAAAGCUGGCUCGAUGUCACCAUUGAAAACUCAAUCAAAAACACUCGGUACACCUAAAGUAGGCUCGAUGUCACCAUUGAAAACUCAAUCCAAAACAACUUCAACUCAAACUCCUGUAAGAAUGGGUUCGAAAUCACCAAUGAAAACUCAAUCAAAAUCAUUGUUUCCUCCUAAAAAAGCUGGCUCGAUGUCACCAUUGAAAACUCAAUCAAAAACACUCGGUACACCUAAAGUAGGCUCGAUGUCACCAUUGAAAACUCAAUCCAAAACAACUUCAACUCAAACUCCUGUAAGAAUGGGGUCGAAAUCACCAAUGAAAACUCAAUCAAAAUCAUUGUUUCCUCCUAAAAAAACAACUCCAUCUCAGCCUAAAUUGUCUUUGGCUCCUAAAAAAACUGGCUCGAUAUCACCUUUGAAAACUCCAUCAAAAACACUCGGUACUCCUAAAAUAGGCUCAGCUUCACCAACGAAAGUUCAAUCGAAAUCAUUAUUUCCUUCUAAAAAAACAACUCCGUCUCUACCUAAGUUGUCUAUUGAACCUAAAAAAGUUGGCUCCUUAUCACCUGUGAAAACUCAAUCUAAAACAGCUGCAACUCCUAAAUUAGCAACUCCAGCAGCCAAAUCAAAGACAGCUCUAACCCCUGAAAAAUCUAGCUCGUUAGGGCCAAUGAAAUCAGCUCCGUCUCUACCAAAAUUACCAGCUAAAACAACUCCGAUGGCAGCAGCAAAAUCAAAGACAGCUCUAACCCCUGAAAAAUCUAGCUCGUUAGGGCCAAUGAAAUCAGCUCCGUCUCUACCAAAAUUACCAGCUAAAACAACUCCAAUGGCAGCAGUUAAAUCAUUGCCUACAGUUAAGACAACCGCUCCAGUGUCACCAACAAGAUCUCAAUCAAUAACAGGCAGAUCUCCAAAAUUAGCAACUCCAGCAGUCAAAUCAAAGACAGCUCUAACUCCUGACAAAUCUAGUUCUUUAGGAACAAUGAAAUCUACCACUCCGUCUCUGUCAACAUCACCAGCUCAAAUAACUCCGGUACCUGCAAUGAAAUCGUUGCCAACGAUUAAGACAAUUGAUUUGGUAACACCAACUAGAACUCAAUCAUUAACAGGCAAAACUCCUAAAUUAGCACCUCAAGCAGGUAAAUCGUUGACUGCUCUAACUCCUGAAAAAUCUAGUUCUUUAGGAUCAUUGAAAUCAUCCACUCCGUCUCAGCCAAAGUCAACACCUCAAACAACUCCGGUACCUGCAGCAAAAUCAUUGCCUAAGAUUAAGACAACCACUCCAGUGGUACCAACGAGAACCCAAUCAUUAACACUCGGUUCACCUAAAAUCGCUUCAAUGGCACCAAUCAAAGACCAACCAAAACCAUUAUUUGCAGCUGAAAAAAGCACCAUCCCGGUCAAAGUCUAAGUCGUCAAUUGGUUCUGAAAGAACUGAUUCAGCAACAGCAUUACCAGCAACAGCAUUACCAGCAAAAGCAUUACCAGCAAAAGCAUUACCAGCAAAGACUCAAGAGAAACCAGUUCCAACCAUUAAACGAAUUAAAUCAGCUUCACAACUUUUUGAACCUAAGCGAAAACCCUCUGUUGAAGUAGCUCCCAAUGUUGCGAAGACCAGUUCGUUACCACAAAUGAGGACCACACAAUCUGAAACAACAGGAGAAGAAGAAAGCGUCAUUGAUUGGAUAAUUAAGUUCAUAGUAAAUUGUAACAUCGUAUGAAUCAGGUUAUGGGUAUCAAACUAACCAAGAUUAAUUUUUUAUUGCAUACAAAUUUUAUUUAUUCUUAAAUUGAAACAUUCUUUCUUACUGAA